UCACGCGCACAGACGAAACACAACCUAAACGCGCUCACUAAUCCAUCGACACACACACACACACACACACAUAUACACGAGCUGCGAAUAUCAGCGCCAUCGAUCGAUAUCAGGAGUGUACUCGAUCGAUCAGAGGAAUAAAACAAACCGCAGAAUUUACAUCGGAAUUACUUCACAUCUUUCUGCAGGAAUUCAACAGGUCUCAAUGUGCAACAUGGAGUCUAUUUUACCUGGAUUUAGAAACACACUAAAGCGCCAGGCAGCGUUCGAGAUGUUUGAAGACCCGAUGUCUCUGUUCUCGAGCUUCUGUCCGCUGGAGGAGGAGCAGGAGGUGCCGUCCGGCCUGGACUGCAGCGCUCAGGACGCCGGAGUGUGUGCGGUGCCGCUGCUGACGCCCUGCAGUAAAGCCGUGGUCAGUCAGGCGCUGAAGGACAGUUUCAACGGCUUCUCGAAGGUCCAGCGCAUCUGUGGCAUCUCCAGCAACCCGUGUAAGUGGAGCAAGCAACACGUGUCUCAGUGGCUGUACUGGGCGUCCGGAGAGUUCAGCCUCACCAACAUCAACUUCUGUAAGUUUGACAUGAGCGGGCAGGAGCUGUGCGACCUGGGCAAGGACGGGUUCCUGGAUCUGGCUCCGGACUUCGUGGGCGAUAUUCUGUGGGAGCAUCUGGAGCAGAUGAUGAGAGCCUGUCAGGAGGGCGGCGAGCGGAAGGUUUCUGAGUGUGGAUGGACGAGCAGCAGCUCCAGCAGUCUCAGUCUGGAGGAGUGUUCUCUGAAGGUUCCUGAUAACCGCAUGAGUCUCCUGCGAGAGCUCUUCGAGACUGAUUCGGCCCUGUUGGCAUCGGGUCAGGAGCUGUCCAUGUAUCCCAGACCUCAGCUCAGCACCGUCAGCAUCAGCUGCAUGAGUCGAGAGUUCCCGGCCGCUAAAGCUGCGCCGCGUCUCAGUGCGACAGUCUCGUCCCGUGAUCAGACGUCGCUGGAGAGUGUGGAGAGCGCUGAGGAGUGUGUUCUGCGCUCCUGGGGAAGCCACUCGUCUCUCGCUGACGCCCAGCGCGUCCCAUCCUACGACAGCUUCGAGGAGGAGUUCGGCUCCGCUCCGCUGGGUCUGGGCAAACAGGGGCUGUCCUUCAAAGACUACGUCCAGGAGAGGAACGAGCCGCUGGAGCAGGGCAAACCUGUGAUCGCUGCCGCAGUGCUCGCUGGCUUCACCGGCAGUGGCCCCAUCCAGCUGUGGCAGUUCCUCCUAGAGCUCCUGACGGACACGAGCUGUCAGAACAUCAUCAGCUGGACCGGCGACGGCUGGGAGUUCAAGCUCACCGACCCCGACGAGGUGGCCCGGCGCUGGGGGAAGAGGAAGAACAAGCCGAAGAUGAACUACGAGAAGCUGAGUCGAGGCCUGCGCUACUACUACGACAAGAACAUCAUCCACAAGACCUCUGGGAAGCGCUACGUCUACCGCUUCGUCUGCGACCUGCACAGCCUGCUGGGAUACACGGUGGAGGAGCUGCACAGCAUGCUGGGAGUGCGAGCGGACACCGAGGACUGAGCCGGGUCGUGCGGACCUCG